AUGUCACAAAAGCAUUACAUUGCAUAUGCCCGAGGCACCGAGGCAGCAAGGCAACAAGGCAACCAUGGAGAUGCUGAUGGGGAUAUUUGCCAUGCUGCGCUAGGGCUGGCAAAAGUGCGUUUCGUGGAUUCUGCCUCGGUCGACCCAGUGGCCGACCCUUCGGUCCGGCGCAAGCGCAAGUUGGGCCCGGGCCGCUCAUCUGCGACCCUUCCGCUCUCCCCAACUAGGAUAGUCAACUUAGCCUUUGGUCAAUCAUCGGGACAAUCAUCACCAUUUCGACGCUUGCCCCUUUGGCCUAGAUUACCUUGUGUUUGUGUCCUCAACCACUCCCACCCCUCUCACAUCUGUCCCGACCUAACUUCUGUACACGCUCUUAACUCUCUGGAUGGGGGCCGUAACGCCGUCCCUAUCCCAAAAAGUCAACGGCAAGGAUGGUCCCAUAAACGCAAGGAUUUGGUAUGGACUUUUAGCAUUAUGUACCUCAGUCAACCGCCCUGGACUAAGGGGACGUACAAGGUUAUGCUGCUGGCAUAA